AUGCUCAUUGCCCCGAAAGCAUUGCAGGAAUGUGCUAAUGCAGUAACGAACUUUCUUUCUCCUAAAGUGCUUAACACGGCGCAAUGUCAUGACAGUUCAAACUCGUCUAUGGAAAGAAGUAUAGCGGUACAACCUGAAGGAAUUGAACUAGGAUUCGAUAUCUCUGUAACCGAAUAUCUGGGCUUGGAGGAUAUAAACAUGAGACUAAGGCGUCGAGAACCUCAAAAAAUCGACGCUAUCGAAGCUGGUUUCGAGCCUGAACCAUUAGUACCCCGAUGUCAUUCUACACACUCACUUUCCUACAACAAUUCACAGUUCCAGCCAUCCGAAUUAUCUGGCGUAGAUAACCGAGAUGGGGCUAGAGAAUAUGCUACUCCUCUAGCUGUAGUUGGGCCUCGACGGGUACGAUGUCGUGCGAUGGGUAGUUCAUCAGAGGUGAAUGACAUGCAGGAUUUGAGAAGAAGCGAGAAUAGACGUACCAGUCUACAGAUGUUGAAUGCGGCACAUCUAGGAUACAACGGCUCCAGUCAGUUUUCCGUCAACCAGGAGAUGGCUCAUAGGCCUCCACUAACUCCACAAAGUCAUCGUAGAAGUAUUCAACAUGUGGAUCGAGGAAAUUUCAACGAAUCAUUCAGAAUUGACAGCACCGUUGUUACGAGCACGCCUGUUGGUAAAAAGGUUGCUGUAGCUCCUAUACCUCAUAAACAAAGAAAUCAUAGCUACCGAGAAGAUCAAGGGAGACAACUUCAUUCUACCCAUGAUUCAUCUAGACACCAUGUAAUGUAUUCCAACGAACGCUUAGUUGACGGUCCUCCAUCUCGAGUUGCCAGCUUGGAGCAAAGAGUUAAAGAGUUAGAAGCUGCUGUUAUCAGUAACGGCACCUCCGUCGUCAUUCCAGUGACUCCUACUCUCCCAUCUAAACAUGGACAUAACCGAAGUUCUAAUGCGCCUUCCACACAACUCAUUUUCUCUUCGCCUACACCUGUCACACAACAGAUAAUGGCUAAGAACAUAGUUGAAAAAGAAGUAGAAAUUGAACGUCUUCAGGCCCAGUUACGUAAAGCUUAUGAUCAAAUGGAGAUACAACAGAGAGAGUAUGAUGAGAAAUUGCGCCGGUUUAAACGUGAUUCGGAUUCUUCAAAAGAAGAAUUGCGACACGUUAUGAAUAAAUUGAACUGUUUGGAUCAAGAAUAUAUUAAAUAUCGGGAGCAAGCUGCGCUUAUGGCCGAUAUGCCUUCUGAAGCUUUGGAUGAGCUCAACCUUAAAUUGAAUGAGCAAGAAAAGAAGAUGUCCAAGCUUCGAGAAGAAAAAGAAAAUAUUGAGAGACAGUGCUCUAAGCUACAGAGAGAAUUAGAGUAUUUAGAAUUACAAAAUUCUACCCUGAACAAAGACCUUGACUGCAAAGAAGACAGUCUAAAGAGAAUGGAACAGAAUCUUGUGACUUUGCAAAAGGAAGCAUCUAUGUAUCAUCAAUCCUGUUCCUCCGGAUCAACACCUUUAGCGGAAGAUACGGAAUCUUUGGUUGACGUCCGCUCUCCUUAUUAUGCGCAAACGAAACCGUAUACAAAAGCACACUCCACGCUAGGAACUAAUAUGAGCCCUCUUCCCACGCAGAAGAGCAAUCUCAGAAAAAGUCUUUCGAAUUUCACUAUCGAUGCAACAAAGAAAGACGACAUCACUCCAGCUAUGAGUCAAAGUCUCCGUUGUCAACAAAAGAAGUUGGCAGAUACUAGAGUGCUCACAAAAUGCCUGAGGGAUGUGUUAUCGGAAUGUGCUAGUGGAAAAGCUCCUGAUGUCCGCAAAUUCUUAGGCAUUCGUGGCGAUUCUAUGUCCGAAAGUGAAGCUGAAACCAUUGAAUUCGAUUCAACACCUCUAUCAAUGGCAUCUGCCGAACGAAUGAUUAUGAAACAAGAGGAAUCUAUCAAAAAGUUGGAGCAAGACAUGGAGCAUAUGCGCUUCCUCAUUCACGAAGUAUAUUGCUCAAAGGUUGAAGAGAAAGGAGAAAAUCCAUGUGCCAUUCAAUAG